AUGGAGACUCGCAAUCACCCCCAUCAACCCGCUCAACCACCUAAGCAAGCCGCCUACGCCCAAGCUUCAAACCCAGUGUCACAUAGUCCACAAGAGCAAAGAGCCCCAGAAGCUGCUACACGGCACCAUGGCGAUGCCCCCAUUGCAAUCACAAGGGGCGCAGAUUCGAAACCGUCAAGCGAUGAAGCACGCACACGCCUGACUGAGCAACACACACUGGAACAAGACAGAAUGCAAAACUCCCCGGAUGUCGAUCUAGAGUAUGGGGUAGAGGAGCAACCCGCAGAAGGCUAUAUUGCGGAUUCAGUCAAGCGCAAGGGUAUGGGGAUGCGACGUGCCCAGGCUGGCGCACACGCCGGACCUGUUGGGAGCGCUGGUGGGCCUGGACAUCCAGGAUUUGGAGAGCAAAGGGAUCUUGCUGCUCACAUGGGUGAAAAACGGGCAGUGCAUGAUCGGAUGCUCGGAGAGAAAGUUGGAGAGAAUCCACCAGAGCAUGAUGUCGCCGAUAGAGAGGCCGCUCGGCAACGCAAGCUGAAUCAGAAUGAACAUCUGGACGUGGCUGGGGCAGUUAAAGAGGCGAGUGGAGACCGAGUAGUAACUACUGAAUGA